GUAACGACAGCGUCAUUUGCCGCUUUACGGCAAAAGCGUGCUGCUGGAGGUCAGGGUUUUGAAGAGAAGCUCAUUAGCCUGUACCGAAAAAGCCCGUGUUUUUUCCCCCCCGUGUUUAACUCACGUAGGAGUCGACGUACACGUUAACGGGACUCGACUCCAGCCGCUCGUCGGUGUCCAGCUCUUUCUUUUUUUCUUUUUUUUUUUGAGUAUUGAGUCAUAGCUAGCGCUUGCUAACGUUAGCCCCGGUUAGAAUCGGUUCGUUCCAGCGGAUCCAGUUCGCACCAGGUGACACGUCCGGACCCUCUGCAGCCAUGGACAGCAGCUCGCAAGGCUCGGGGGGAAUGAAAGGAGGUAUCGGGGGUCUCUUUGGAGGCGGCGCGCCGGAAUACUCCAACACGGAGCUGGCCGGUGUUCCCCUGACCGGGAUGAGUCCUCUGUCUCCUUACCUCAACGUCGACCCGCGUUACCUGGUGCAGGACACCGACGAGUUUAUUCUACCCACCGGUGCCAGUAAAACCAGAGGGAGGUUUGAGCUGGCUUUCUUCACCAUUGGAGGAUCCUGCAUGACUGGAGCAGCCUUUGGAGCUGCAAAUGGUCUCCGGAUGAGCUUGAAGGAGACUCGAGACAUGGGCUGGUCAAAACCUCGAAAUGUGCAGAUUCUCAACAUGGUGACCAGACAGGGUGCUUCAUGGGCCAACUCACUGGGCUCUGUUGCCUUGUUGUACAGCGUGUUCGGUGUGGCGAUAGAGAAGGCCAGAGGAGCAGAGGACGACCUCAACACAGUGGCUGCUGGGACAUUAACUGGGAUGCUCUUUAAAUCAGGCAGCGGCCUUCGGGGUGUCGCCCGAGGAGGUCUGGCCGGUCUGGCCUUGUCUGGUGCCUACGCCCUCUACAACAACUGGGACCACCUCACCGGCUCCUCUUCACCCUCCCGGCUGUAUUAACCCUCUCCCAGAGUCACCUGCUUCGGCAUUAGGGCCAACCGUCACGCAGCCUUUAACCACAGCGCUAAGAGGGAUUAGACUCUGGUCAAAAGCGGCGUGCUUUUCGGGGGAAGUGGGGGCCUGGUCCCAGUUCGCUGGUUCUCCCCUCUAGCCACUCUCUUCUCCAGGAUUACUCUUGAAUGAAAAAAAGAAGAUUGGACUAAUUCCCCCUGGAAAUGUAGAUUCCGACCGUCCUAAACCCUCCCCCCACCCCCCUCUUCCUUUUGUCUUUAUUUUCUGAGUCGUUCCUGUCACUCGUCUGAUCAGAGAUGACGAGACAGCGCGAGGAUUUCAUUUUCUAUAUCAUUGUUCAUUCUUUGAUGCUUGUUUUGAAAUCAAUGACCCAAUUAGUAAGAUGACAUCCGGUGUGUGUGUGUGUGUGUGUGGCUCACCAGGAGAAUGUGCCGAGUUCGGACCGAAGGACUUUGGCAGGAGAGCAAAGAGAUUUUCAACUCCAACCUGAGCCUUUCAGUCAGCUCCACUCGUAUUUAUUGAAGCGUAUCUGCGGCCGGUUCUGUUUUACUUCACAGGUGGGAAUCACUGUAACGCUGUUAGUGUCAAAACCCCGAUGUAUCAACGACUAUAUUAAAAAAAUGAG